CUGAACAUUACUUUUAUCAGAUUGUUUUCCGACGAAUAUUUAUAGAUACUUAUGCGGGUCACGCGGGUAAUUGAUUACUCAAGUAUCCUUUAUUACAUAACUGAAAACAAAUAUGAUAAAAUGUAAAGUUAUUUUAAAUUUAACUUCAUUCUCACCAAUUUCUUGGAUGGCAUAAUGUCAUUUUUUUAAAAAAAGUGCCCGGAGGGUACCGGUCAGUGCUUUUAAAAAGAUCAGAAAAAGGUUACCUGCGAUAGGAAAACUCAAUAGCAAAGCCGCUGAGAAACCGAAAAUUAAGUACUGAACUAUGGCGUCUAACGAUGAACCGGAACAAUUAAAAGAAGAUCAGAAUUUCGGUCUAAAGAACGUCGGCAAAUUUUGGAUUCUGAAAACAAAUACUUUUUCAAAACGUCUUGUAUUUCUUGACGAUGCUAAAGAUGUUAAAAUUGACGAUAACAUUCUAAUAGCAGAUGAACGAUUAUUUGAAAUACACAAAAAUGAAAAAGGUGAAUAUUCAUUUCGCCAUGUUGAAGAUAUCACAUACAAUACAUAUUUUUCUUUGGAAGAAGGCUCUUGUGAACAAGCAACGGCGAACAAAGACACUAGUGAAGUAGAUGAAAGUGAUUAUGCUUUAAUCCAAGACAUCCGAACUGAGCAUAAAAAGGCAAGUUCACGUCCUGAAAAUAAAGAUAACUAUGAGAAAAUUGAUUUAGAUGGAGUUGCAUCAGGGCAUUUCAAGUUAGAAUACGAUUAUUUGCCUCGAAGUUAUAAUGAAAUGCAGCACUUGAAAACAAAAACAAAUUCUUCUACUGUGAUUCAAAACUGUCACGGUGAUUCAAACAAUUGGUCUGUCGGUGAAUUAAAGAUUGGUUCUGGCGGUGAUUUAAACAUUGGGUCUGUCGGUGAAUUAAAGAUUGGGUCUGGCAGUGAUUUAAACGUUGGGUUUGACGUUGAUCUAAACAUUGGAUCUGCAGCCGAAAUGAUAGAAGGACACGAGAAGUAUGACCCCGUUAAGGUUGGAAGUACGGAAGUAGAUAGUGUCAUUAACGAUUUAGACAUGACACAAAUACCAUCUGGAGGUAAUUGUUUUUCUAGAGUUAUAAAUAUUACAUCCUAUUGACUUUAAAACACCAGUGAACAUGUGAAAUAAAGGGGUUUUGUCUUACUGGAUAUUUUUUAUAUUUUGAAUACUCAGCAGGA